AUGAGAUCACUCAUUCUGUCGAGUCUUUGGCUCGCUUCUCAACUUGUCGGCUCAGCCUGUGCCUUUGGCACCACCGUCUUCAUUGCUGUCGACUAUUGCCCAGCGACAACCUCGACAACACCCAUCGACUCGACAACGACUUCGACUUCGUUAUCUACUCCUAGUGUUGAGCCCGGCGAGCCUUUUUACCUUUCCUUCUCCCUCAACAUUGACCUCCGCCGUGAUUUGGUCCGGCAAUACUUGACCCCAAAUGGGUCCACCACAACCAAUCCUGAAGAUGCUGUUGCUUUCAUAAUCACCCCAGGCGGGCAGCUCAUGAGUGGAAGAGGCUACCUAUCCACCUCCCCAGGCGUGACCUCGCAGCGAUUUCAAGUGCUCAGUAAUCUGUUACCCAUCUCGACACUGUUUACGACUAGCGAGACUGGCGCAUUACAAUGGGAGAACUCUCUUUUUGCUGAUGAGAAAGCUAGCUUUUGUUCUGGCGACGGCGUCUUUAUGGUUUUCGAUGGCAACCUCCCACCGGGAUGCCUCGAAAUCUCUCUGGAUCCAAUUCCCGCGACGGAUAUCGGUAUUUCCUCUUCGACAACUUUGAGUGCUACCUUUAGCUCCGCCACCUCCUCACGUCCGUCCACGGCUGCUUCAUCCUCCACUGCGGCAACUGUUUCCUUCAGCGUCACAGCAAGCACAGCCCCGACCACAGCUAAUCCAUCAGCCACAAUUUCUAGCGAUACAUCCAUCAGAACAUCCACCGACCCUCCGUCAACAACCACCCCGACGUAUGUCUCCUCGACCACAGACAGUACUGGCACGUCGCCAAAUCCCACAGCUUCCUACCCGCCAGGCACCGUGUUUGGCAGUCUGGCUUACGGAGUUCCAAAUGGCUGUUAUAUUUCCUCCAUUGACAGUCCUGCGGUUUUUGGACCAUACACAACGAUAUUUACUCUGGCCCAAUGCGCUGACUUUUGCGCUGACUUCAAAUUUUUCGGGGUCCAGGCCGGCUCUAUCUGUGCCUGUGGUCCUGCAGUUCUGGGCUUCCUUCCAGGUGUUUGUGAUGUACCCUGUCAGGGUGAUCCAAGCACAACAUGCGGUGGUCUUUCUGCCGCAGCCGUGUAUGAGAUUGUAUUCAGAGCUGGGCAACAAUCUUCGAGUUCAACUAACCAGCCAGUCUCUUCGACCUUUCUUUCGACCUCUGUCCAAUCAUCCCCAUCUUCUACUACACUCUUCAGUACUGUUGAGUCAACUUCAACCACCGUGGCUUCUCAUUCCACCCCCGGCCACGUCACAUCGACACCGUCCCCGAGUCCCUCAUCCUCGUCACUCACCUCGAUUGAAGCAUCUACGAGCUCCCCACAAAGCCCGACUCUGGCUCCAACAUCACCCGGAACAUCUUCCCAAACCAAUCCUCCCGCCACUAGUACAGUUGUUGGAGGGACGUGCUCUACCAUCGCACCUUCUGCAGCAUUGUGCCCAAAUUAUGACCAUCAAGCAAUCAAUGUGAACCGAGACGGAUAUUGUUACGAGGUCUAUUGCCAGGAAGGACUUGCUGGCUUAGAGUUGGAGGAGGAUUCAACAUAUGCGGCGUCACUCAAGGAUUGUAUCUCCUUCUGCACACUUUACAACGUCGCCAUUCCCUUUGGCUGCCUCGGUGUCGACUAUGAAGAAGCGUCUCUUGGUCAGAACUGUCGUCUACUCUCUGAUGUUUCGGGCACAAUCCCAUCGGUGACACGCAAGGCUGCCCGCCUGAUCUAUGCGGGCUAUCCUGCAGUCACGGACACUUCUUCGAAUCCUAGCAGCCUCACUACAAGUUCUACCUCAGGCGAUACCGUGCCAAAUCAAUCGACAUCCUUCAACUCCGAGACCAAGACUUCUUCAUCAGGUUCUACAACGGCAUCUUCGACCUCCAAUUUGGGCUCUCAGUCGUCUCCAUCAACACCUACCACAACCAACAAUUCUAAUAGUUCUUCUGCAGCAUCUAGUGUGGCUUCAGUGUCGAUCACUUCAAGAUCAACGACAUUCGGCAGCACAACCUCUGCUACUACGGGUACCGCUAAUCAACCUACCACUACAAGUCCGGGUGCCACUAGUGUCGCAUCUACCAUCACAACCGCGACCAGCUUGACAUCUCCAGGGGCCACCACCAGCACCACAACCACGAGAAUCGUUACGACGGGCACCACGACAUCCACGACCACGACAACCACCAGGUUCACGAAUGUCAUUGCGCCUGUGGCGCCUUCCAGGUACCCUCUUUCACCUCUUUGCGAGAAUGGGUUUGAAUCAAGGUUUCAAGGUGGACAACUCCUACGCGCCGUUGAACGGUCUCGAUACUAUGACAUUGAGUGCUCGGUAAUGUUAGCAGCUCUACGCCAUGCGCACAACUUUUUAACGGGUCGUAGAUUGACUACAAUGAACCUCCAAAUGCGCGCUUCCCAUUUGAUCUGACCACUACUUCAUAUGUUGAAUGUGCUGAUGCAUGUGACUUUGGCGCCCUCCAGCUGGGCGGAGAUGAGCGUAAUUGCAAGGCGUUUUCUUGGGUCGCUAACACUGGCGAGUGCUGGCUGUUCAAUGAACUCACAACCCACACUCUGGGCUCGACUGUUGGCAUUGCAAGACGACCAGGUGUACAUUCUGGCCGUUAUCUGUACGACGAGUAUGAUGGUCUUACCGGACCCCAACCCGGUCCAAAUCUGCAGACAUACCUGAGGGAUCCCAUCCCCUUUCCUGUAGGUCCAACUGUGAGUCCAUUUACGGUACCAAAUUACCCUGGAGGAACCAACACGUUUUUCAAUGGAUAUAGUAGCGAUUCUCAUGCCACAGUCUUGGACCUGUCGACUAACUACGGAAUCGAGUUCAAAAUAUUUGGCCAACGAAGCAGUUCUCUUGUUGUGACUGCAAACUUUUGGUUCACCACCACCAGCCUCACCCUGAAUCCAGACACGCAAAACUCUUGGUCGGCUCUUAGUCGCAAUAAUGAGCAGAAUCCUUUACAGUUUCCUACCACCUCUCUCCCCGCUAAUACACUGGCGCCUUUCUGGAUCGAUGGGUAUGCUCUGCCAGCGGGUCAACAGGGGAUCUCCUAUCGGGUUGAUCAAAUUUCCCCUGGACGUUACGGCGUCAGCGUUGAGUGGUAUCUUUCCCAUCGCAGUGGAAACAAGCUUGCAGUGCACGCCAUCACCACGUACGACACCUUGUACGAAGGCGUCUGGACCACAUACUUUUUCAAUGCAGGCGACGAAAACGACCAGGGAAAAAGCCAAAGCGUCGGGGGCCAAGGCGCGUCCGCCAGCAUAGAAUCUUUCACUUUCUGUCGUGGUGAGGCAGGUUGUGUAGCACCCGGUAGCAAGCUUGUCUUUGACACAAACAAAUCUAACAUGGAAGAAGUCGUUACAUAUACGGCUGACUUCUUUGACCCAUCGACAUACCCGGUCGGGGCAUGGACCUUCAACACAAGACCGAACGAGCGACCGAUUUAACAAGAUGAAUAGAGAUAGCGACAGGGGAAGCUUUGAGAAUCUGCCAGAUAUGUGAAAAUGCUAGGAGUCUCGGCUCCGAUACUUAUGGACUUAUGUUUUGGCCAAGUCACAACAGUCGACGCUGAUCCGUCGGUAGUCUUGGGAUAGUCAUGACUUCUGACGAUGAAGACUAUUAGAAUGGGUUUUCAAUUCCUUAAAAAGUCAGAGCGUUGUGAAAUGAUUGCAGAAUUUUUUUCUCGGGACGAUGUUCUAUCCUGUCCUAAUGGUCGAUGACCUUUGAGUUUACUUUGAAUACAGAUAUUAAUAAUUGUGACGAAUGGUCUCGAGGAG